AUGCAAGGUGCCGGCAGGAGAAAUGUCUUCGAUGGGCGUGAUUACCGUGGACGUAAUCAACGAGCAAUAUCGGCGGCUCGAUCAGUGUCAAAGGAGCAGCGACAAGAAAUCAAAGAGGCCACUCCUGGGCCGAGCAACGUGUUCACAUGUUUUGCCGAGCAUGAGCUUCUUCUCUUUGAGCAGGCCUUCGACAUCUUCGACUCAGAGAGGACUGGCAAGAUGGACUAUCACGAACUAAAGGUUGCUGUGCGAGCCAUGGGCUUUGAAAUCAAGAAGCCUGAAGCUCUCGAGCUGAUGCAAAGGUAUGACCGGGAAGAGACUGGCCAGGUGGCGGCAAUUGGCAUGUUGGCGGAGCUUUUUCAGAGGAAUUUCGUGGACGUUUUUCCAAAAGAAAUGCUGCACGUUGUGCCCAUGGCCCAUACUAAGCCAUACCGUUACAUUGGCUUCGAGGCUUUCGAGGAGAUCAUGAUCCAACGCUAUGCUGCGCAGGAUCCCAUGGAUGAAAUCCGCAAGGCCUUCGAGCUGUUUGACGAAGACAAGCGUGGCCGGAUCUCGUUCAGGAACUUGAAGCGCAUUGCCCGAGAGCUUGGGGAGAAAUUGACAGAUGAGGAGCUGCGGGGAAUGAUCGAUGAGUUCGAUUUGGAUCAGGACGGUGACAUCAAUGAAGAAGAGUUCAUCAGCAUCAUGAAGCAGACAUCCCUGUACUAG